AUGACGGUUGACGCCGCACCGAGGAUGGAAGCAUGGGCUUCACCAAACGACUGGGCUCGCCUGAGGGCUCAGAUCACCGAUCUAUACAUUCGCCAGAACCUUCACCUGAAAGAGGUCGACCGGGUCAUGCGGGAGGAGCACAAUUUCCGUGCUACACAUCGGAUGUAUAAAACUCAGUUGAAGAAAUGGGGUCUGCGAAAAUACAUGAGCCACCGAGAGUCGGCAUUUGCCAAAAGCUUCAAGGGUAGCUCGGAGCCCAAAGCAAGGGAGUUUGAAGGGUUGCCACUUCGGCAGAGCCGUGACUCGCCAGGUGAUGCAGAUAAUGAGCUUCGGAAAGGCUCGUUAGUGGCGAGAUCAAGGGAACCAAGCAACCAUGACUUGGUGGUCACGAGUAAUCCACGGGGAGGAAAGCGAGAUUAUCGGUAUCCCCAGCGCAUAGAGGCCCCAGAUUGCCUCAAACUACCCGAAGAAUGCAUGUAUAUCAUUCAUGGAUACAUUGAUGUCACUUCCCAGAUUCCCCUGUGGAAUACACUACUAAGUCCCGCAGCUGCACAGAGUCUCCUUUGGGUCAAUCAGGUUGGACUAGGCCGCCAGCUUGUCACCAGCGGCCGGUUCGCCCAGGGUUUUGGCGUCAUCGACCUCUGUUUUGAUCAAUACAAGGAUUCCGUACUUAAACGAGAUCCUUGGUUGAUAUUCAAAACAUAUCUCGCCGCCUUUGACUUGGCCAAGUCCGAUCUACGUCUAGCCGACGUUUUCAUUCGUUAUGUCUACCAGAUGGCAAGCCUCGACAUCACUACCCCACACCCCCUACACAGGUUGUUUUCUAUAUUGAAGCAGUCAGGCUCCUCGAACGUCGGACAUCAUGCGAUACGUACACUUGAGUGCUUCCUUGAGCUAAUGGGGACCUACACGCCGGCCGUCGAUAUGCUUACCAUGCAGACGCUGGUUAGUAUAUAUGAGAAGAUGCCUCGCCGGAACAUCAUAUCUUUGAGCGUGGAUGAAGUCACUAUUCGGCACGUUAUUUGGAGGCUCCGGAAUGGACCAGAAGGGGAACAUAUGUUGGCUGACAUGCGGAACACGAAGACUGGCUUGCGCCAUGCAGUCGUCUGCUUCCGUCAGCCGGACGUAGUCAACGACAAAGAAUGGAAUGGCAAACCACUGGAGCAGGUUGAAGAUGUUACUGCAGAAGACAAGUCCCUCCUAGACUCGUCUAUGCGUAACGCUAAGGUGCUGGAUUGGCUCGCUGAGGGACUAGCGAAUUAUGCCGUGGUCGAGCUCAUGUGCAGUGAAUACAGUGCCACGGCAUGUUGGAAGCACCUGGACGCCUAUGUUCGAGAGGUGGGCGACACGGUCGCGACUGACAAACUGGCUGAAGCGUUCAAUGUCAUCAAGACUGAGCAUAUGGAAAGACUGGUUCAGAUGGCUUGA